AUGUUAUUAUACUUAGUAAGACACGGCCAGACCGAACAGAACCAACGAGGUAUCGUCCAAGGGAGAUUGGAUACGCCGUUAUCGGAUUUAGGAAGAGAACAAGCUAAGAAGUUGAGCGAUUGGUUGAAGUUGGUACCGUUUACUGAAAUUUGGAGCAGUCCACUCAAGAGGGCUGAGGAGACCGCCAGAAUUAUCUGCUCGCAACAGCCCAAGGCGAAACUCCGGAUUGACGAAAGACUCGAGACGAGAGGAGCAGGUGACGCUCAAGGUAAGCCAUGGGAUGAAGUGAAAGAUAUAUUCGAAAGCUUGAACCCCGAGUCAGAAGCUGCCCUUUCAGCAAGACUUCACGAUUGGUUAUCAGUCCUUCUGUCUACCCAUACCCCCUCGGCGUCCGGUGCAGCCACACCGGUGUCACCUUUGACUCCGUCUUCCAACAAUGGACCAGUAUUGGAACGAGCUCUAAGCUCUAUCAAGGGUCUUGCACGACCUGGGAUCCCACGAAUUGGCUCAGUUCAAACUAACACCUUGAGUUGGGGAGUGGUCUUAGUGGUAACUCAUCAAGAAUGUCUAACAUGUUUACUCGACAUGUUAACUUGUCCUGCACCUUCGACGACGAACGAUGAGAUGAUGAAGAAAUCACCUAUAGAUUUGCAUGUACCCGAGCAUGUCAAGUUCAAUAGUGCGGAUCCAGAUAGACAAGUGGGCAAUACUAGUGUGGCGAUCAUCAGAGUAUGGUGGGAAGAUGAUGCAACCGAGGGGAAUGAGUUGGUUCCUCGAGGGAGACUCGAAGCUUGGGGGAGUGAAGAACAUCUACAAGUUGAUGAAUGA